AUGUCGGGCUCUUCUUGGGCUUCGUUGCCGCCGGAAAUUCGGUUACAGAUACUGAAGGAAGGCUUGUGCCAGGGCGUCCGCGGCUCCUACGCGUCUGUCUGCUCAGAAUGGAAGGCAUUUAUUGAGCCGCAGAAUUUCUACCGACUGGAAUUGCAGGUAUCAUGCCUGGAUCAGCUUGACCAUAUGACAACUCGAACUGCGAGUCUUGUUCAUCAGAUUCGACUGAAUAUUGAGCUCCCACGAUACUCAUGUCGCUCUUGCCAGUGGCCUGAAUCAAGCUCGCGUGUGUCGCAGCAUAGUGCCAUCUUCAGAGCUGCCAUACACAAGCUUUUUACUGCCUUAAGUGCUUGGAAACGGACAGACGCCUUAGUGUUAGAGCUGAACACCUUCUCACCCAGCGACUCUGAGCACUGGUUCAAAAAUUAUUGCAUUGGUCGAGACGCUCAAACGGACGAAGAAUCUGAGCAGCAACAGCGUGAGGCUCCCGGUAGAUGGCAUGACCCAAAACACGGCUGGAUAGAUGGCCGGCAGGUGGAGAGUCCUUCUGCAAAAGCUAUGUCACGUCUCUUUGCUCCGAUAUGCCUAAGUCUCCCAGGGAGCAUCCCAGAGGUCCACGCAGUAACGCAGCUCGUCAUACGUCGAGAAUGUCGGCGUCAGAUUAUACCGCCAGUUCUAAGGCUAUUGCUACAGAAACUUCCUCGGCUACAAACCAUGGUCUACGAGCCAUGGCGGGCUUGCCGCCGCGCCUGGAAGACUGCGUGUGACAAGGAGUUUGCCUCCUUGAUUCAUGAUGGUAUGCCGGGUCACAUCGAAAAGCUCUUGAUCUUUGAGGAUCCCAAUUCUGAGCUUGUGUCGGCAAUGCACCGCGACCCGUUAUUGAAUCAAGUUAUCGAUGAUAGCAUGACAGCAGGUGCCGAGGUAGUCAGAGCCCUGGUCUUGAGGAGCUGUGACCUCAAAUAUCUCUCAGUCGCCUUCAUGGUUGAUGCCCAACAAUUUUUGGACUCUUUGCAGUCUACUCAUCACUGCCACAAAUUACGAUCGCUAACACUCACAGCGUCCAUCCUCCAAAGAGAAUCCCAACCCAGGCGAAUUGCCUCUUUCUUAAGCAAUGCGAGCAUGUUGCCACGAGAGAUGAAGCAGCUGGAACGAUUCAUACUUUGGAAUAGUAAGCGAGGAGAGGCAUGUGCGGUCAUCUAUCACAGGGACCGAUCAAGCGAGCAGGCUACUCUGACGUGGCGCGGAACAUGGCAUUUCGAGCUGGAUUAUGGAGUGGUAGAAUCCUGGGAGAAGGUCGACUCAGAUUUAAUCCUCCGAAUCGAAAACCAGGAGCUAGAAGCAAUCGUCAAACAACAUGGUGACGCUCUAUACCACUUACGUUUACCAGAAGAGAUUAUCGAUCCAAUUUCUGCCCGGCAGCUACGACAGGAAGCAUUCAUGGGAGAAGAGAUCUGA